AUGCCGAUUCAAGAGUACGGGGACCUUAUUAAUAUAGUGCUUGAAAGAGGUGUGAAUAAAUAUGAUGUUGAACUCAGACAAUUAAAUCCAGAAAAGUCAGACAAGUCAGCAAAUUCAGACGGGUUACGAUAUAGAAAGACCAGACAUGCGUCAAGUACGAAUCCUUAUUGCAUUACGUUGAUUGAUCCGAUAUCUGAUGUAGCUUUGGUUGAGAUACAAGCUCAAAAGAGUAGUUCUAAAAUGAAGCAAAUAUUAUUGUUUCAGCCAGAUGAAGAGAUUCCAUUCGAGAAUACGGGAAAAAUAAACUUCGAAUAUAAAUUCACCUGGGAGAAUGAAGAAUACUAUUGGCAAAAACGCGGGGGACUAUUUUCAAAAGACCUUGAAUGUAAAAUGGUUCAUGACCCCGAUCCAAGUAUUGGGAUUGCGCUCUACCAACAGAAGUCAAAUACGUUGGGUAUUGUCACAUUAAUGUACUGGAACAUGGACAGAAUCCCGGUGAAUGAUAAGCGCGGAUUGGAGUGUGUGCUUUGUAUCACUUUGCUCUCCUUUUUAGAUGAAUGGGAUGAUAAAUUGUUGAAUAAAUCUAUGAGUUUAGUCAAAGGCCAGGAUAAAGUGAACCUGACAUAUGAACCUCAACCUAAUAUUAAAUAUCCGACUAAAAAGAAAAAGGAUAAACCGCAAGAAAAACAAGAGCAUUAUAUAGAACACGGAGUAAUUUCCCCGUAUCCAAUAACCCCAAAUACUGAGCUUGAACAACAACGAUAUGAUGAAGAACUUGCCAAACAACCAAAUUCACCACCUUUGUCACCAUCCCAUCAACAUCCGAAUCCUUUACCAGUUCCACCUUAUGCUCAGCCACAACAACAAUAUCAUCAACAGCAGCCGUUUUAUUAUAAUCAACCAACGAUUGCAAAUCAAGUUUUACCACCUCAAGUUGCUGCUCCUUAUAACCCUCAAUCUUCGUCGAUUCAGAUGCAAAUGCCAAUGCCAAUGCCAUCUCAAGCUCAACAAUCUCCAGCCAUUAACUCUCAACAACAAUAUCCCCCUAUUUAUGCACAUGGUAAUUAUACUCCCUAUGAUCCAAAUAGUCAACAUCAACAAUUAAUUCAUCAGCAGCAGCAGCAAGCGACACCACUACCACCAUUGCCACAACAAUUUCCACCACCUCAAACCUCCCAAUAUCCUCCUAAUAAUUAUGGAGGCUGGUCAUAG